UAGUGAAUCGUAAUCGCAACUUGAUUUCAGUCAAGUUAAAGCAGGUAUCGGGUUGAGCACGGAAUCGCUGUGUGUGUUUUUUUUCCCUUCUGUGGCCACUCUUUUUUUUUUCUUUUCUUGUGUGUUUUAUUGAUUACAAUAAAAAAAAAAUAAAAGAAGAAAAAACGAAUUUCUUUACGAAGAAACCGAACUGAUCGCGCAGAGAAAAAAAAAACAGUGAAAAGAAAAAAUCUAUACGCGCGAUAUAAUUUUUUUCUUCUCCUGCUAAAUAGUUGUUUGUUUUACAUUUUGGUAUGUAAGUGCCUCGACAAUAAGUUUUCGCCGAACGAAACACACCGAAGCGACGAAACAAAACGGCAAAGGAAGAUAGAGCAAAAAAAGAAAGAGAAAAGAAUAACACUAACCAUAAGUCACACACACACACAUAUAUAUAUAAAAAUUUGCUCAUUAAAAGAUUGUCUUGUCCGGGUUCGAGUGGUUAACGAAAUAAAAUUAACAGAAUUGCUAUUUUAAGUGAGGAAAUUUAUGGUAAAAUUUCCAACGUCAGUACCAUAUAUACUCUUCACCAUAUAUAAAUCGAUGUAUGUGUUUUUACGUAUAUUGGCAGUGCGGAGAAGAACUCUUAUGUGUGAUAAAAUGAAAUGUGAAUGAAAAUAGCACGAGAGAGAGAAAAAAAGCGAAGAAAUCAAGAAUUCUCUCUUCUUUGUAUGAAAAUUGUUUUUUUUUUCUUGUAAAAUAUAUGUUAUUGUUCUGUGAAUGCGAUCGCGGUAUAAACGCGAAUUGAUGUGUCUUUGCAUUGUUCGCAUGUUGGAGCUUUGCACGAGUCCAAUUCAAGAAUUGCAGAUUCUCACUCUGGUUUGGAAAGCCACAGCAUCAGCCGAGCAACAUGUCUAGUUGACAGACGACAAUUCUUGAAAACAAGAAACACGAAAACAACAACCACCACCACAAGCAGCAGCAGCAGCAGCAGCAGCACAUAUUAAACGCAUAAUCGACGCUGGAGAAAGAGAAAAGAAAUAUAUAUAUGUAUACCAAAUGAACCGCAGAAUAGAGGCUUAAAGCUCACUGAAUACAAAAUCUCUCUAACAGUCCCAACAUUGCAGAAAUCAACGAAGAAUAAAAAGAGAGCUCAACAACAGCAACAAUAACAUAUCCACGUCAAACGCGAUACUGGACCUAAUACAACUGAAUUAGUUCAGCACUUUUUUCUUCUGCGUCUUCAUUUGCUUUGAAUAAACAAUACCGAUCGCAAGCGCGAGACCACUGUCGCUCAAAAAGAAACACACAGAGAGAGAAUAAGAUAGAGCGAGAGAGAUAAAUAGAGAUCUGUCCCCAGUUUGAAGUAAAACAACAACCGAAUAACAUACGAAUAACAACAACAGCAACCGAAAACAUGGCUCUGAAUAACAUAAGCAGCACAGCAAAUAGUCCGAAUGUAACCGCUACAAAUGUAAACAAUGCAACGACCAAUGAAACGCUGAACUCGUCGGCAAUUAACAACACGGCCGGCGUGAACAGUGUGACCACAUCGACACCGAACAACUCACAGUCGGCGGCAGUUUGUGAGAAUUUGGUUGUGCGCAUCGAUGAAAAUUCGGCCGAUAAUUUACAGGCCCUAUUCGAUAUGGCAUUAAAUCAAAAGGCACGCCCAUUACAAGUACCAUUUCGUAUGCGAAAUUUACCCGAUUCAUUCUUUAAUCCACCGUCAACGGGCUCAAAAUCACCAUCCGUAUCGCAUACACGGGAAAAUUCAGUGGAUUCGGCAUUCGGUUCGGGCACCACCACCAUUUGUUCACCGAACGGCAAUAAUGCGGCCAACAACAAUGCCACCGGCGCUACAAAAUUAAAUGGCAACGCCACAAAUGCAACCACGGCGCCCAUUAAUCCGCUUACCAGUCGCGUACAAGCUAUACAUUUGCGUGCACACAGCAGUCCGGCUUCAUUGCAACAAACUUAUGCUGGCUUAAAUGCACAACAGUCCAAUGCAAAUCCAAUUGUUGCACAACAGGUACAACAACAGCCGCCACAACAUCAACAAACAACACCAUCAAAAAUGGUGCCAGAAGAACUUGAUUCAAGCUGUCAUCGUAACAUCAAUCAAGUGGAAUCACCACUUGAAACAAACAUAUUCAAACAACGAACAACACAACAGGCUCAAGCAGCUGCAAAUCAACCCAUUCACAAUCGGCAUCGUUCCUAUGACAUAGUCAGUUCGAUACAAUUACAAGACGAAUUGGGCGAUCUUCCACCUGGAUGGGAACAAACUCGAACGCCAGAAGGACAAAUCUACUAUUUGGAUCACAAUACAAAAACAACCCAAUGGGAAGACCCGAGAAAACAAAUGAACACACAGCCAACAUUGACACAUAGUGCAGAAUCGUUACUUGUAUCAACUGCUCCAGGUCAACACCGACGACAAAUUCAACCGCUUCAGCAAUCGCAAUUCGUUUCAGCAAUUCGGCAGCAGCAGCAGCAACAACAACAGCAGCAGCAGCAACAACAAUUACAACAAACAACCGCUCCAAAAUCGCAGCCACCAAGUACGGGCUUGGGUCCAUUACCGGAGGGCUGGGAGCAGGCAAUUAGCAGUGCUGGUGAGAUUUAUUUUAUCAAUCACACUACUCGUUCUACGUCAUGGUUCGAUCCAAGAAUACCGGAACAAUUUCAACGAGCCACCACACUGAGUGCAUCUAGAGUCGAAAUGAAUCCAAAUAUAUUUAAUAUCAGUAUUCAUCAGCUGAAGCGUGAGGUUGAUUCAUAUAAGCAGCGUCAACAGGAAAUUGUGUCAUUCGAUCAAGAUUUUGUAGCACGGCAAAGUCAACAGACGAUCGGCCUGCAGAUGGAUCCAUUUUUGUCGGGUGGCACUGAUCACACUCGUCAAGAGUCUGGUGACAGUGGUCUAAGUCUAUCAUCAAACAACUAUUCAAUGCCACACACGCCCGAUUUUCUUGGCAAUAUGGACGACAGCAUGGACUGCAUUAGUGAAAGCGGUACAAUGGAAUCGAUGAGUGCCAAUUUAGAUGCAACAGAUGACUUAGUACCAUCAUUGCAACAGUUGGGUGAUGGAUUUGGCAAUGAUUUGCUUGAUGAUAAUUUAAUGCACAAUUUAAUAGAUACUCAAAACACGAAACCGUUGACUUGGAUAUAAGAACCGAAUUGGAAAAUUUCUGUGAAAAAUUCGAAGAAAAUGAGAACGAGUCACCACCAACACAUAUACAUCGAUUAAUUAAACAGCUAAUGAAAGAAGAAGAACGAAAGAAAGAGAAAAUUUUAAUGAGAAAACUACACUCCUUCCUCUACUCCCCUCUCAUUGAUGCGUGUCUUUUCUAAUCGAAUAAAAAAGCAACAAAACAAAUUCUAUGCUAAAUUGCACAUAACUGCUCAGUCAACACAAAUAAAAUACAGGAUAACACACGAAAAUCAAACAAACCAACACACACACACACACACAACACACAUCAAAUGUUUGUAGACACAGAGUGAAAUGCAAAUCUGGUACUCAAUCAUCUGUUUGAUUUUUCUUUACUUAAGUCAUCGGUUUAGUUUACAUUGCUAGGUUUUAGUUGAUUAGGACAAACAGAAGGAAGAAAAAAAAACAUGUUACGACAAAAUGAAGAGAAGAAAUAGAGAAAGAAAAAACUAGAAAAGAAAGAGGAAAAAAAAUGAAAUUAUGUAGUAAAUGAACAUAAAUAUUGUUAUCGUGUAGUAAUCAUGUUAAUUAACGGUUCAAAACAGUGACUUUUGAUCCGAUGAUUUGUGGUCGAUACGGGCGAAUAGCACACUGCACAGUCACGUGCCCGCCACACACACACACACACACACACGCGUCGAUAACAGCAACAAUAACAACCGGGCGGGGGAAAAAAAAUAUAUGAAUGAAGCAGUAGAACAGUUUCGAUCAUUAAAAAAACACACACACACCUUGAAUGAGACAAACGAGAUCUUUGAAGCUGUGCGGUAAUUUUUUCCCUACCCGGGAGAACUCAAACGACUGUAUGUUUCAUUUUGAGUGAGUGUUUUCUUUCCUCUGUCGCCGAUAAUUUGAACUUGAACACUGUGCCCGCAUUCGUUUGAAAUUAAUUUCCAAUGAAAUUUUGCUCAAAAAUUGACGAUCUUUUGACAUUUUCUUCUUUUUUUUUACAACAAACCAACAAUUUCGAAAUUCAUUUCACUUAUUUUCGUGGGCGAAUGAAUCUCAAAUUCGACAUUUUUGGGCAAUUUUUCUUUUCAUUUUUCAAAUUGCAACAAAAAAAAACACCAUUUGCGUGGAUCGUAAAUCGUUAAUGCAAUUUUUUUUUUUUGAAAUACACACAACAUUUGUUUGGAUUUAGCGGUGCCAAAAUUUCGUAUUUUGGCACUUGAUCGCUCAAUUUAAGAUUUAUUAUACAAUUUUUGUGUUAUUGUUGCUGUUUUUUUUUAGAUUGAACAAAGCACAGCGAUAAUUAUUCUAUAAAUUGUGCAAAAUUGCAACAACAACCCAAAAACACUGUUAAACAUACACAUGUCUAUAUUGUGCGGUUGUCUGUUUCUAAAAUCAAACUAUCCAAAAUGCGGAACACACUACAUAAGGUCAUAUAGAGUCAUCGAAAAAUUUGUGCAGUUAAAAUAGAGAGGAGAAACACACAAACACAGUGACAUAUAUAUAUAUAUAUAUAUAUAUAUAUAUAUCCACACAGCUAAGAAAAAAAAGAGAUAUCCAAUGCAACAGUACUAGCAAAAAUAUUGUAUAAUAUACAUUUUAAAGUUGCAAUUAAGUCGUUUAGUUUUUUUUUUCUCUCUCUCUCUCUCUCUUUCUCUUUUCUCUAGUGUAUAGUUUAUAAUUCGUGUAUUACAAGGUGUGUUUUUAUAGGCGAAACCAAUAGUGGUUUAUCGUAUUAUGUGGUAAUUGGCCACUAAUAUCGUCAAAUCGUUUUGAGUCAUAGAAAAUGUGCCUUUUUGUUGUUUAAGGGAGAGCAAUGUUAAGCACUUGAUGUAUACACAAUGCACGUUAGUGCGUGCAUAAUUGGCGUGCGUGCGUGUGUUACGAGUGUAAAGUAAUGUUUCUUUCGUGAACAAAACUAAAAUGAAAGCAAUCAACAAACGAAGAAAAAAAAACCGUAAAUUAAGAAUACGCAUACAAAAGUAACAACAACAAUUAAAACAAGAAAGAAAAAAACCUUAAAAGUGUAGCACAUAAAAGCAAGACACCAAAGUCAUCUAAUUUCAAUAUGUAUGAAAAUUCUGAAUUGAAAGAGAAUAUCGAGACAUUUUAUAGUCGUUUCAUAUAUUCGAGAACGUCCAUAAAAUAUAGAGAACCGAAACAAAACAACAAAUGAAACAAACAUUUAUAUAAAACGAACAAAGUGCCUUAAUCCAUUCAAGCUCGUGGUUUAUCUUGAUAUGUGCAAAAAAACAAAAAACAAAACGAGAGAUAUGAGAUAUAGUAAAACAGUGUCUUAUUUUCAUUGCGGUAGUUUAUUAUUAUUCUAAAUGUGUAGUAGUUUUGUUUUCGUUUAUUUCCGUUUUAUUUUGUAUACAAUUUUUUUGUUCUAUGAUCUUAUUAUUGAAUUUUGAAUGGUAUGAUUUCCGAUCCGGUUUCGGUUUUAUUUGUGACGCCGGAAGUCAUAUUAUCCCCCUCCCGAUGACGAACCGUACAGAAUGUAUAAAGAGAAUGUUUGAAUUGUACGCACAGCAAAGCAAAACCGGAAUAAAACUGAUGAGGAAAGAAAAAAAAAAUGCGAUGAGAAGAGCAAUUCAUGAAAGAAAAUUGUGCGAUAGAUGAAAAAAAAAAACUAGAAGAAGAGAAAAAAAAAUCACACAAUUUGUGAAACGAAUGGGAAAUAUUAUCGAAACAAAACAGAAAAAAAAGUGAAAAUAAACAAAUGAUGUGCCUUAAGUAUGUAUGUAUAUUCACGGGACGAAUUCAAAGUUUGAUAAGGAAAAUGGACGAAAAAUGAGCAAAAUGAUAAAAAGUAAAUAAAAUGCGUGAAAAGAAACGAGAUGAAAUUAAUAGGAAAAUGAGAAUAGCAACGAAAUGGUAAACGAGACAAGCAGUCCGCCUUUUUUUUAUAUAUAUAUACAUAUGUGUCACGUUUCUCUUUUUCUUUUCGUCUAAAGUAUACUUGUAAAAUAUUCAUAUUUACUUAGAUGUUAUUGCGUAUUAUAGAUUGAAAACAAGAAACAACAGAAAUGAAAACAAAUAGAUAGCUAUUUUUAAUGCAACAUUGUAUUACGAUUUGAAAUAUCGUUUUAGAAUUAAUAUCACACAACAAGUUUUUAGCCAGCAAUAACUUUGAUAGAGUUUGUGACCUUUUUUUUAUAGGAAAGACUUUUUAAAAUGUUGACACAAAGUCAAGCAAAAUAUAUUCACACCCAUUUUAAAGUAUAUAUAUAUAUAUAUAUAUAUAUAUCAUAUGAGUAUAAAGCAAGAUACACACGUACGAAGAUAAGAAUAAGAAUGGAAAUUCCAUUCUUGUUUCUUUGUUGUUUAGUCCUUUUUACGUUUUAUUUAUGAGCUUUCAAUGUGUCUUCAUCGUUUUUUUUUCCUUUUCUUUUUGUUUUCGAGUCGACCAUAGACAAAUGUAUGCGUUGCUUUUGACAAUUGAACUGCAUCGAAAUGAGGUGCGAACUGCACCGGAACGCUUUUUUUUGUGUUCACGCUCUUGAAAAGUUCGUUUCUUCCCCAUCCAUCACUCUCUGUAUGUGUUGAAGUACGUUCGUGAGCUUACUUCAGUUUUGAUCACGUGCAAAUUAUGCGCUCUCCUCCUUCGAAGCCGUCGAACAAAUAACAACAUCGAACAAUUGACAGCAUUUUCACCGGCAUUGGUUCAUGGUCGAAUAGUUUUGGUCGACCCUUGUCGACAAGUGACCAACAACAACGACGACAAACAAAUUUCCAAGAAAAUAAUAAUAGAACAAAAACCAUUCGGCCUUCACGCAUGAUGUCAUCCAACCAUCUAGGCCAUAUUCUAUUUUCAAAAAAAAAAAGUAAGAAAGGAAGACAAACGCCAACGAUCCGAAACCAAAUUGGAUUUUCAUUAAUUCGUUUUGUUUUCGGUUUCGGUCGUUCUUUAUUCAUGUAUCAUUCGAUUGGUUUGGCAUAUCUACACGGCUAGGCCACAAUCGUUUGUUUUAAAAUUCAUAAGCUAUCCAUAAUAAUUUACUCGUUUCAAAUAAAUCUUUACUGUCAAUAUGAUGGCGAUAGAGAGAGAGAGAGAGAGAGAGAGAUAACAAGUAGCGAUGCUAAGGUAUGACAUAAAAUAUGUGCGUGUGUCACAUCGACACAAAAAUGCGUCAGUGCGGACAUCGAACGCUGCUUCUAAUAUGAAUGGAAUUGCAUAAAACCACUUUCUAUGGUGGAAAUGCGUGCAAUGUGAGCCGAAAUCCAUUGCUGUCAAUUGAAUAUUAUCUAGACUAGAUUUAUUGAGGUGCGGCCACAUGAGCCGCCUCACCCAGUCGAAUAAGACCUGAAUGCAAAUGCACGGCUAAAUGCUAUCACGGGCGAGAUCAAAAUUGAAGCAUCUCACAACAGAAAUGAGACCAAAGUUUCAGUCAGAGAUAUGGAUAAUAACAACAACAAAAUCAACAAAAGCACACUGAUGAAAACCAUUUGCUCAAUUAUUCUAUAAAAUGAACCCGAAUGCCGUCCAGCAUGAGAAGUAUAAAACAAUGUUAGAAAAAUGGAAAAUAUGAGAAAAAAAAAUUAUAUUCGAUAAUAAUAAGUAUUUGUAAAUUUGAUGCAAAAUGAUUUUCAAGCUUCUUUUUUUAAAAUUGCAUAUUUGGAAAUUAGACCACUGCGUUGGUGGUCAUCAAUCCAAAGGGGUUUAGUCAAAAAGGCAAUCAUGAUCAAUGCAAAUUGUGAGCUGAGCAUUCAAAGCAAUCAUGCGACACGAAAAGCAUACGAAAGAGAGAAAAAAGAACAAAUCUACGUAAAAAAAAUAUGAUGAAAGCAAUUAAAACUGCAACAAAAAAAAAAAA